AUGGUCGGACCGGUCCGACCGUCGGCCAGUCCACAUUCCGGCUCGGCCAGAAGGGAAAAACUGUGUGAGAGGUUGAGCCGGGUUGAGCCGGCCAAAAUCGUCAGUUGGGCCGCGAACCGGAGUUGGGCCGCGAAUUGGAUCACUUUCACAAUUGCCGCAUCUGGUUUGGCUUGUUGUUUCAGUUCUUGGUUUCACGAUUUCAAUUCAGAGCUGCGAACUGUGAAGUCACGGACUCACGGUCGGCGCAUCUGUGGGAAUAUACUCAGCAGUCAGCACAGAGCCACAGACACAUUUUCUUUGAGCUUCGAUUUCAAGCUUCCCACUAAAAUGACAUCUGAAAAUGCUUCAACUACUGCAUCAACACAAUCUGUUAGAUCAAAGACAGAUCCUACAUGGGAGCAUUGUGCUGAAGUCAAGCUCCCAGAUGGCAAAAUUCGCCUAAAAUGUUUGUACUGUGCAAAAGAAUUUGCUGGUGGAGGGAUUCAUAGAAUGAAACAACAUCUUGCUGGAAAGAAAGGGGAUGCAAUAAGUUGUAAAAAGGUGCCUGCUGAUGUUCGCUACCGACUUGAAGAAAAUUUAAAGGAGAUUAGGGAGAAUAAAGGUAAAAGGCAAGAUAGUUAUGAAGAGGACAAUCCAUAUGGCCCUAAUGUCACACCAUUAGAAAGUCAUGAUGGAAAUUCAAAAGAAAUUUCUACUCCUCAAUCUCAAACCCUCAAGGAAAUUCAAUCACAAAGUCAAACGCAACUUGGAAAAAGAAAGGCUCCUAUUGACAAAUAUUUUGCACCAAGAACAACCCCAGGAGCACAGCCAGGGAUACGAAGUGCGCUUGCAGGUAAAGAACCUAUACGUAGGGCAGACAUGGCUUUUGCUAAGUGGAUGUAUGAUUGUUGUAUCCCAUUGAAUGUUGUCAAUUCAGCAUUCUUUCAACCUAUGAUUGAUGCGUUUACAGCUAUUGGCCCUGGUUAUAAAGGGCCAAGUUAUCAUGCCAUGAGAACUAAAUUAUUGCUUGAUACUAAAAAGGAAGUUCAAUUAAUGGUUGAUAGUUUUAGAAACUUUUGGGAUGAUAUUGGUUGUACAAUCAUGGCCGAUGGUUGGCAAGAUCAAGCAAAUAGGCAAUUGAUUAACUUUCUUGUCUAUUCUCCUAGGGGAAUUGUUUUUAUUAAAUCUGUUGAUGCAUCGGACAUAGUCAAGGAUGCCCAAAAUUUGUGCAACUUAUUCACUGAAAUGGUUGACUUUGUUGGAGUCACAAAUGUUGUGCACUUGGUAAUUGAUAAUGCAGCUAAUUAUAAAGCUGCUGGGCAGUUAUUAUGUGAUAAAUUUCCUUCUAUUUUUUGGUCUCCUUGUGCUGCACAUUAUUUGAACUUGAUUUUAGGAGAUAUCGGUAAAAUGGAUAUUGUGAUUGGCUUGGCAACACGUGCAUCUAUGGUGACAAAGUUUGUUUAUAAUCAUGCCUUUUUGUUUGCUUGGUUGAGAAAAAGAGAAGGUUGGACUGAAAUUAUUCGCCCUGGGGUGACACGAUUUGCUACUACUUUUAUUGCAUUGAAAAGUAUUCAUGAGCAUAAACAUGAUUUGCAAGCCUUGGUAACUAGCAAAGUAUUUUUAGAUUCUAGAUACUCAAAAGGAGAAAAGGCAAAGGAUGUGACUUUAAUAGUGCUAGACAAUCAAUUUUGGAAUGAUUGUAAAAUUGUGGUCCAAAUUGUUUCACCACUUAUUCGAUUGUUGAGGAUUGUUGAUGCUGAUGAGAGGCCUUCACUUGGGUAUGUAUAUGAUGGCAUGUAUAGGGCAAGAAAAACUAUCAAGAAUAUAUUAAUGAAUAAAAAGCCCUUGUAUAAGCCUUACACAAGGAUUAUCAAGAAAAGGUGGGAUUCUCAACUUCGUCAGAAGCUUCAUGCAGCAGCUUAUUUCCUAAAUCCUGUGUUUUUUUAUGAUAAGCAGAGCUUUUCUAAAAAGCCAGAGGUUAUAGCUGGAUUUCUUGAUGUUUUGGAUAAGACAAUCACUUCUAACAAAACCAAGUUUGUGCAAGAAAGUUUGUUGUAUCAAGAUAGAGUUGACAGCUUCGGUCGUUCCUUGGCCAUUUCAUCUAUAAACUCAUUGCGGCCAAAUGAAUGGUGGAAAAUAGUUUAUAACAAGAAAAGAUCUUUUGAUCCUAUUGAUUAUGAAAGUAUUGGUGACAUUGAGUAUUGGAUCAUGGAAGAUGAAGAUUCUCCCACCUUUAAUUAUGAUGAGAUAGAAGAAGCUAUGCUUUAUGAUGAUACAAUAAUUCCACAAGUUUCUAUCAAUCAAGAUGAAGGUAAUAAUGAAGGAGGAGGCAAUGAGGUUCCGUCUGGGGGUGGAUGUUCAAUCAUAGAAGGACUUGAUUUGAGAUCUUUUGCCCAAGAUGUUGAAACUUAUAAUUAUGAUGAUUUACGAGAAACUCAUGCUUGGCUUAAUCAGGAUCCACCAAUCUUUGAUAAGUCAUGA